UUCGCGUUUGUAGUGCAGAAAAUGUUUGGCAAUUAAAAAGAUUAUUUAAAAUAAAGCCUUUAGCAAAAUGUUGCCGACCGAUAUCUGCCGAACAUGUGCAUUACAUGAUGUAAACUUGUUAGCGCUCUCCACGCGUACUGGCAAAUAUGCAAAUAAAAGUUUUCAUGACAUGUUGCAUGAGUUAACACAAAACGAUCCCUUAAUGGAACAAUCCGAGGAUAGUCUGCCUCAGUAUUUGUGUACCGACUGCAUUUGUAAGCUGGAAGAUGCCUACGCAUUUGUGUUGCAAGCACGUCAGGUGCAGGAGCAACUGUUGCACAAAGUUCGCAAAGGAUUGCAGUGUCUAGAUGAGACACCUAUAGACAUUGCCCCGCAGCACAUAAAGACGGAAGCAGACAUUGCCUUGGUGCAAACCAAGGACGUCGACGAUGAUAAAGUUGCUACUGGGACUGUUGCAGCUCUAAAGAUGCAACCGGAGAGUGAGACCGACAGUAGCCAGGAAGAAGGGGCUGAUGAUGAUGUGUUAGACUUUAAGCCCACACAGCUGAGACGUAGCUCUCGGAAGACCAAAUUUGGCACAGACAGCGAAAAUGAAGUACACUCUGAAAAAGUAAACGCAUUGCCUCCCAAGCGUCGUCGCGGCCGCCCUGCGCGAAUUCCCAAACAGGAAACCAUCAACAAGGACGGACGUCAUGCCUGUGGGGUGUGUGGCAAGACGUUUUCCUGGCAUCGCGACAUGCAACGUCACGCUCGUGUCCACUUUGAACAGGCUUGCUACGUGUGCGACAGCUGUGGCAAGGGAUUCCUCCGCAAGGACAAGUACAUGUUCCAUUUGCGUUCGCACGAGAAGCGCCAAGCCAAACGGCAGGCUUUGCAGCUGGGCAACGAAUGGCGCUUUGCGGAACGCCUGUACAGUUCAGGACGCCUCAAGCGUGUCGAGUGUAAGUUGUGCGGCUUGAAGUGUCAGCGGAUUCAGGAACUUCGUGAGCAUCUGUCCAUGCAUGUCAGCAUUGAAACAUUGUCGAAUCUCAGCGCUAAUAGCGAUGUUAUCGUGGAACAGUUUACCAGCCAGUCAAUGGACUUGAUGCAGAUUAAGCAACAGGUGUGUGAGGACAUAGCCAAAGGACGUAAACAUCUGGAUAAAUACUGUGUGGUAAUCAAUGCACAUGGCUACGAACUCUGUCUAAGCGACUCGGACGAAGAGAUACCAGGAAUGCCGCCUCCAUACCGAUGCCUAGCUUGUAACACUGUGUUCUCGCGCAAACAUCGCCUGAUGCGGCACACGUUGGAGGAGCACACUCAACCUAAAGCUGAGACAACUCCCUGGCAACGUUGCAACUACUGCCAUAUUGGCUUUGUGUGCGUUAAGCUGUUGGAGCAGCAUCAGCGCACACAGUGUCACAAUCAGCUGAAACGUUAUAGUUGCCCCACUUGUCCAGGCAAAUUUAUUUGGCGGCAGAAUCUUAAGCAUCACACGUGCUCCCAUCGCACGAGAUCUUCAGAGGCCAGAGAUCAGGAGAGAAGUCUAGGACGACAGAUACAGUGCUGCCUUUGCGAUGAGCAACUGGAAAGUAUGUCAACACUACGUGCUCAUCUAGUCACACAUUGCGAUGGAGUAAGCGGCAUUGAUCCAGAGCGAGGAUCAACCUUCUUUCGUUGUAAUUAUCCAGAGGGUUCUACCUGCAACCAGACGGAGCUCAGCACACGAAUUGCAAGUGAUUUCGCGGCAGAGGAUUACGGUCGCUACUUUAAUGCCUGCACAGACAGCGGCCAAGAACUGGAUUUCUUUGACUCAGAUACGGAACUAAGCGAUCAGUCAGCCGCUGCUGUGCAUUCGUGUGCUUUGUGUGGCCUGAGCACAAUACGUCUUGCCCAACUCCUGAAGCAUCAGCAGAAUCAUCACAGUGAGGUGAUUGACACAUUGCCUCAUGUGUGCGACAAGUGUGGAUUGGGAUUUGUAGCUGAAUUGCUGCUUCAGCAGCAUCGUCGACGCAUCUGUGCGAAGCGGCAUGCAAAGUAUCAUUGUCAACAUUGCAAUCUACACUUUAUCUGGCAGUCCAACUACGAGCGACACAUGGAACUACAGCACGAGGCGGAAGCAGAGACAGAUGAUGUCUCCGACCUUGUGCCCAUCACCAGGCUAAGGAGCAAACGUCAACAAGCGGCUAAAUUGCAGUGCAAUGAAUGUGAAAAGGUCUUCAUCUGGCCAAAGGAUCUGACGCGUCAUAAGCGCAUUCAUCAGCCGCAGGCAUCGGCACAGUACGAAUGCAGCUACUGUGAGCGCAAGUUCCAUCGCAAGGAUGGCCUCAAGUCCCAUAUGCGUGUUCAUGGAGAGUCGCAUUUGGAUGCGACGGCUAUGACCAACAGCGAUCCGGAUCCGUCGAUGCUACAGCGAAUGCCAAUGGUGUUGACGCAAUUGUGCCAACCGAAUGGAUGCAAACUGAUUCAGUGCAUGAUUUGUCUAUCGCAGCACUCGAAGAUCUCUGACCUACGCACGCAUUUGGAGAAGCACCAGUUUAUUGUGGAGUUUGCGGAGGAGCGAGCGAAGCCGGAGAGCAUUGUGAGUAUUUGUCGGGCCCUAUAUCCGGAGCAGGUUACUCCUCUGGAUAAGCAGCAAUUGAUUGAACGCAUCCAGAGAGAUGUGGGUAUGGGCACUGAGUUGGAACGAUUCAUUUCGAUUACCAACGAGGCAGCCAUUGAGCUGAGCCUUGAUAGCAGCGAAACUGAAACUGAUUCGGACUCAGCCGAGAUGGAAAGGAUCAGCAGUGGACGACAAUACAAUUGUGAUCUUUGCAAGUUGAAGCUACCGCGUAAAUAUCAACUCUAUGCUCAUCAGUUGGAGCAGCAUACAUGGCAACAGGCCACCCACAUUUGCACCCACUGCCAGGCCCGAUUCAUCAAUGACCAGUUGCUGGAGCACCACUAUCGAAGUCUCUGUCGCAAUGUACACAAGCGUUUCCUUUGUCGGAAGUGCCCAUUACGCUUUCGCUGGCGUGACAACCUCAAGCUGCAUACAGACGUGGCACAUCAGGAAGCCACUGUAGAGCAGACGAGCUUGGGUAUCCAAUUGAAUGGGGCAAGUAUUGUUCCUGUUGUCAGCUACGAUUGCAGCGAGUGUAAUCGCAGCUUUAAAAUGCAAAAGGAUCUCACACGGCACACGCUGAUGCAUGCCCAGGAGUCGAGCAUUUAUCGGUGUCGUUGGUGUGCCCGUCGCUUCUAUCGCCAGGCUAAUCUCCUGCAGCACAUUGAGCGUCAUGGCAUCAAUGCCGCACAGCUACCCUAUGCCGAGUCCCUGCUCAAUGCCAGCCGUCAUCCAAAUGGUCAGAAGUGUGUCCAAUGCAAGGUGUGUGAUAUACGCUUUCCCACAAUUGCCGCACUGCGUUCCCAUUUGGCGUCCAUACCGAGCGGGAGUCAUCAUGAGAUUGGAUCGAUGCUCAACUACUCGAUUACCAAUCAGCUGGGCUAUGAACUGCACUUGGAAGACUCGGAAACGGAUGAGGAGACCAAGCCGCCUGGUGUACCCUCACACUACACCUGCGGCAUGUGCCAGCUGCGUUGUGUGCGUAAGUAUGAGCUGCAUCAGCAUCAGCAGGCCAUGCAUCGAUUGGAACGGAUUACUGAGGGCUGUGAUCAGUGCAUCUUUAAGAGCGUAUGCCCGGAUCUUAUCGCCUAUCAUCAGCGUGUGCAGUGUUGCAACACGGAGAAGCAAUUCAAAUGCGACAACUGUGGCUACAAGUUCAUGUGGGAGUCGAAUCUAUUACAGCACAUUCAACUUCAGCACCCUGGCAACAAAGAUCAGGAGGCGAUGGCAGCGGGGCCACCACCGGAAACAGCCGCUGUGGAGUGCCAGAUCUUUCAGUGUGGUCAGUGCCCACGCAAAUACAAUCGCAAGGAUCGACUGACGGCCCAUGUAAAGAAGUGUCAUGCACCAGGUGCAGUUGGUCCUGCUGAGUGUCCAACGAGAACAUCAACGUCUUCAAGCGUCGCCAAACAACAGAAAAGUUUUCUCUGCGCCUUUUGCGGCAAGGCGGUGAGCUCCUCCUCUAAUCUCAUCAUACACAUACGUCGUCAUACUGGCGAGAAGCCCUUCAAAUGCGACUAUUGCGACAUGGCUUUUCCCCGUUCAUCCGAUCUGCAGUGCCAUCGACGCACCCACACUGGCGAACGGCCUCAUGUUUGCACCGUGUGCCAAAAAGGAUUCGCCCGCUCCUACAAGCUCCAGCAACAUAUGCGAAUCCAUAAUGGCGAACGUCCCUACAAGUGCACAUACUGCGACAAAAGCUUCACCCAGUCCAAUGACCUGACACUCCACAUAAGGCGACACACCGGCGAGCGACCCUAUCAAUGUGACACCUGCGGGGAACGUUUCAUUCAGGGCACUGCCCUCAAGAAUCAUCGACUACAGAAUGGGCAUUACGAGGCAGCGGAUGGCCCAGCAAAAGUUAAUUAACUAAGACUACAAGUUGUAUUAAAUUAAUAAUAAAUAUUUAUGUACAUCAACUUAA